AUGCCGGUCUUUCCUUCAAGAGAUGAUCUGACAAAGACAGAAACCGCCGAUCAGCCGAAUGAAGGUAAUAUAAAUUUUUCAGUUCAACUUAUUACACAAUACUAAUCCGUUAGAUCCAGCCCUAUGUAACUUAUUUUUAACAAGGAAAGACCGUUUUGUGACGGUGAAAAUACAGUUUUUCUUCCUUCCCGUUUCCGGUCUUCAUUUGCUCCAGAUGAUGCACCGUAUAUGAAAAAAAAUUACCUGCAAUCGAAUGAUGAUGAUGCUACCAAAAUGUAUCAUAGCGGUUUUGCGAUUUUAUGAGAAGUAGGCGAUGAAGAUUUAUAAAACUUUAUUUCGGAAAGUAUUAAUCAACUUUGUUACUUUUCAACAAAAAAAUAGAUAUUUUAUACGUAAAACAUUUUUUCAUUCUUGAAACAACAUUUCUAUUAAAAUAGAUCAGUGCGUAGAAUUCCUCGAAGUCCGUUCAAUAAAAAGAGAAGUUGCAGAAGACGAUGGUUCGCAAAAAAGCGAUGAUGAAGUGGGAAUUUAUCCACGAGAACGCCCUCCAGGUAUUUUUUUUUCAAACUACGAGGAACAAAUGUUUUUCCAGGCUAUCCUAUCGAAAAAUGGGAGAGUAGUUUGAAAGAGUUCCUGGACCUCCUUCCUGCGGUCGAUGGUUUCUCUAUUUUUUUUCGUGAAGUCGAUCUAAAGAAAUCUAUCUUUGGACUAAAAUCUCAAAACUUUGAAAAUCUAUUCUGAUUUUUAGAAUUCCCUAUCUUUUGUUUUAGCAUGUUGAACACUGUAUAAAAACUUCUAGGUUGAUUGAAUUCAGGGAAACGAAAAUAAAAAGUUUUUUUAGAGACCAAGUUUCUUAAAAAAAUAAUAUUUUUUUAUUCACCUUAGGUCUUUCCAGAUCCUUAUCCUUAUCGUUCCCGAUCUACAUCGCCGCCGAGAAAUCGGAAACAAAACAUGGGUAACUCAUAAUUUUUUUUCUGCGAAAACAUUUUUUCAGAUCACAUCAACAACGAUCCUGAUAAUUUUCUCUCGAAUCAGAAAGGCCGGCUUAGAAGUGCAUAUUUUUUUAUUUUUUAAAGUAGAAAAGUUUCUCUCUCACUAAGAAUCUUUUUGAGACAGCUUUUUUAAAAAACGCGAGAUCAACUAAUAAGUAGCAGGAUGACUGAAAUUCUUCUCGUUUCCACAAACAAACCGAACGAAAUUGAGGAAUGAAAGUUUUUUUUACAGUUCGGCGGGUCUAGCGAAAAGUUUAAAGAACUUUCAUCGAAGUUUUGGCUGCGAUGGAACUUUUAUUGUUACUCAGUCAGACUAAAACUAGAUUCCAAUUAGAAAAUUCAUGUCAAGAUUAUGAUUUUCAGGAUGUGUCAGCGAGUCUGAGGUCUACUCGAUAACAAGCGAUCGACCUGGCCGUACUCGAGGUGACAUACGGCUUUCCACAGAAUGAUAACCUUCAGAAAAAACUGAAGUCAUGUCUGCCUGUUCGGCCGCCGUCGUUUUGAUGAACAAAGGUAAGCUACUGAAGCAACUUUUAUCAAAUCGUUUGCUACUUGAAACACCGUGAUGGGGUUACUAACAAUGUACCACCGUCGAUAGUUAAUUUUUUUCCCUAAUAGAUGGAAUAUAAAUUCAUAUGAAAAAGAAUGGCAGACGUAAACUAGAAACGUGGUCAAAUUUAUUUGAACAGCUCUAAAGUUGAACGUAACAGCUUCAAGUUCAUCUCAGUAAUACAUAACAUGUACGUUAUAUUACAACUCUUCAGAGCUUAAUCAAACAAACACUAAAAACGUUGCCAAUCAGUAUUCAGUUUACACAUUUUAGUUCUUGAUCGCCUUUAUACUAAAAAAAAUGAGAUAAAUUGAGAUCUAUUUUCUUUCGUCAUUCUCACAAUAUAAUAUCAGUCUACUAUGGUUCCCGAAUAUAAUCGAACCCCUUUUUUACAAUAUGUUUCCUCUUCAAAAUUGGAAAGAGACGUUCGAAUAAAAAUUCCGCUCCACGGAGUAUCAGAAUUCAGACGAAACCAUGUGAAAUCUCAAACAUCUGCAAUUUUUUUUUGAUGAAGGAUAUUUUUCAGAGUUCAUUGUCCUCAAAGUAGAAGAAGAACUUGCGGAGCCUCUCGAAGAUCUCACUUUUUCCAGCGAAAGUAUGAUUAAUUUCAUAAAAACUUCAAGUAUUUUCUUUCAGGUGUCCUAAACGAAGAGGAUACCCAAUCCGAACGCAUGCGGAAAGGUUCUGCAAUUUUUUAUUGAACUAACUGAAUGUUCCAGAAAAUUCACUUGAACAUUAUAGUUUGAUUUCUCAUUGAUCGGUUUUUUUCAGCUCAAGUGAUCUCUCAGCACUUACUCCCGGUCGGACCGCCAUUUCGGAUAGAUGGAGCCCUACACUCUCCUUGUCAUUAUCUGUCUGUUAACCAGAAUCUCCUCCGAUUAGCGAUUGUUGAAGUGACUUGUAGAAGUAGUUAACUUUUCAUCCAAAAUGUUUUGAACCGUUUUUUAGUAAUCCAAGAACUCAAACUCCGACAGGACAAAAUCAAACUUCUAACUUCUUUCAUCAAGUUUUUGCAAGGUUCUUUAAUGAAAAUUUUUUCAGCCGAAGAUUGUUGAUUUAGAAGAGCCGAAUGCAAUGUACGUGUGGUCACAACACUCGGCGGUGAUUAUUGAUUAUCAAAUCAAUCGUCAGUUUUCUUUCAACUUUCCAGAAAAAUAUUUUUCAAAUUAGUUUUCAGCUCCUAACAGUUUUUUUUCCACACAAUGAGCGUUACUUUAUAGUUUUUAAAAUUCUUCGGAUUUUUGUUUUUGAAAAGUUGAAAAGACCCGAGCUAAGCCGUCAGAAAAUAAUGCAAUCAAGAGAAUCUUUGCAGUGAACUCAGUGGAAAAAUUCGUAAUAACACACUCCGUCCCUUUUUUGAAACUAUCACGAAGAUAGGAAAUAGAGAAACUUAUUUUACCAUUUUGAUAUGAUUUGAUUUCCAGAUGCACGAACUGAUUUUGAAAUCGAACAACUUUUGAACCAUGCAAUUCCUCGUCACGCUGAGCUCAUCGCAAGAAAGUCGAUAGACGAAGAAGAAAGUUCGGAAUCCCAAUAA